GAUGCAUGCGUGUUCCGGCGAAAUCUCUCUCUCGAUAAGGAGGUUGGUUUAGCCGUCGAGUGACCCAUCGUCUGCGACGUUUGCUGAGCCGCGAUGAUGCGUCGUUUCGGCCUCGGUUUCAUCCUCGUGGUCGGCCUGGCCGCCAUUGUGGCAGCCCAGCGCAAUAGCUACUAUGGCGGACGUAAGCCACAGGGGGGACACACACACACCGAAUCGACCGUACACCAUGGCAGAUCUGCCCAAGGGUACUAGUAGGUGCAUGGCUUAAUGGAUUUCUUGUGUUUGGUGUGUGCAGGUGCGGACUCGUCCAUGUGGCCGGACGACCAACUGCUGAACGGGCGCACUCACAUCGGCCAAGGUACUAUACUUUUGUGCCCAUUCAUGGCAGAGAAAGCACCUGUGUGCCUUUCUGCUGCCAGGCGGCCAGUUCGCUUCGGAGUUGUCACUGGUGCAAGUUCACCUGGACCACGCCGCAAACACCGCCGCCGCCGCCCACAGGCUCAACACGGCCGCCCACCACAUGAGCACCGCCUCCCACGAGCUGACCGCAGCGGCAAUUGAAGCUGCUGCUGAGGCCCACCGCACACUCACACACAUCGCCGCCGGAAAGACCAACGAGCAUGGUACGUGCGCAAGUCGACACCCAAACGGGCGUGCAUGUCAUGUGUGACCGUCUGUUUGUGCAGGUGAAUCCUGCUCCUUGCAAAAACUCACCUACGACGAGCCGGACGAUGUGGAUGCUUGCGACGGCGACGAGAUUUGCCUGAUCACCGAGGAAAUUGAUGACGAAGGUCAUAGCAUUUAGAAAUCAUACUACGGCGAGUGUAUCCCUGCCGACGAGGCUGACGAGAAGUGUGAGAGUGGCGACCCCAGUGCUUGGAGCAAGGAAAGCGCACAGCUGUUCUGCUACGGCGAAUUGAGUGGGUAGGCUGGGCGCUCGUGGCAAGAAGGCCUCAUCUAAGCAAACACAUGUGUUAACUGCCCGGCGGUAGCUGACAGACAAACUGCAUACGCCUCGCUCCUUUCUUGCGGCGGCUGCGUAUGCACUGUUGUUUCGUUACUUUCUGCCUGCUUCCUGCCUCCUCCCUCAGUGCCAUUGUAUAAGUCCGAAAGGCGUCGCUUUCAUUUUUGAGUACCACCCUGCUGUCUGCAUGUCAUUGGGUGGAUACAUAAUAUGUGGUCCCCAAAUUACUUACUACGCGCACAUCACAUGCGGUCAGACCAAUAUAAAGCGAGUGAUGAGG